AUGUCGCCAACCAGAGGACAGACUGUUGUGUCCACGUUUGCCAGCAUUUUCCUGUUCGCUCUUCUUGCCUUCACGCAGCUAGUUACCGCCCUCCCCAGCAGCAGUCAUGGCUCCCACAAACGAGCAGUCGGCGACAAGUAUCUUAUUGGUGUGGGCAAAGCAGAUAUCACCGGUCCGGUGGUAGAGAUCAACUUUGCUGGUUACGCCGACACAGCUCAAACUGGUACUGGUCUCCGCCAACGAUUAUACGCUCGCGCGUUCAUCAUCGGGGAGGUGUCCAACCCCGCCAACCGGUUUGUUUACCUUGUUCUGGAUACCAUGUCUGGCGAUACCGCCGUCCGCCGUGGGAUUUUGGAGGGCAUCGCUGCCCAAGGGACGGGGUACAGCAUGUACAAAGCCGGCAAUGUGGCUGUUACCGGCACACAUUCACAUUCUGGUCCCGGAGCCUGGUUCAACUACUUGCUCCCCCAAAUCACGAGCUUAGGUUUCGACAAGCAGAGUUACAAGGCUAUCGUCGACGGCGCCGUUUUGGCUGUCAAGCGGGCGCACGAGGGCCUUCAGGAGGGUUACCUCGACUUUGGCACCACCAGAAUCGAAGACGCAAACAUCAACCGGAGUUUGUACUCGUACUUGGCCAACCCUGCCGCGGAACGGGCUCAGUAUGGGGAUGACAGUGUGGAAAAGAUUAUGACGUUGUUGAGGUUCCAGAGGGCGUCGGAUGGGAAGAAUAUCGGGGUGUUGACUUGGUUUCCGGUCCAUCCUACUUCAAUGCAGGGGAAUAAUACCCAUGUGACGGGGGAUAACAAGGGGUUGGCGGCUUAUUAUUUUGAGAGGAGCGUGAGGGGUGACAGUGCGGUUGCCGAAGGGUUUGUGGCUGGGUUUUCGCAGGCAAAUAUGGGGGAUUCGUCGCCGAAUGUGUUGGGCGCUUGGUGUGAUGAUGGGUCCGGGCAGAUGUGCGAUUUUGAGACGAGUACGUGUGCGGAUGGGAAGAGCCAGGCUUGUCGGGCGAGGGGACCGGCGUUUGAGAAGUUGGAUUUGGGGGUGGCGAGCUGUGAGAUUAUUGCGCAGAGGCAGUUUGAUGGGGCUAAGAGUCUCUAUACUUCUCUUGCUUCUUCAUCGACUCCUGUCACAGGCGCCUCUGUCCGCUCGUUCCACUACUUCCAGGAUAUGCGCUACUACACCUUUCCCCUUGCCAACGGCACUCUCGUGCAAACCUGCCCUGCUGCGUUGGGACACUCCUUUGCUGCCGGCACAUCUGACUGGCCCGGCGCAUUUGACUUCACCCAGGGCGACUCCGGUGCGCCCAACAACCCGUUCUGGUCUGUUGUCGGUGGUUUGCUCAAGGCGCCUUCUCCCCAACAGAAGGCCUGCCAACAGCCCAAGCCUGUCCUCCUCAACGUAGGCGAGAUGGACGUCCCCUAUGCCUGGAGCCCCAACAUUAUGGAUAUUCAAUCUUUCCGUGUGGGGCAGUUCAUCAUCGUUGUCUCCCCUGUCGAAGUCACCACCAUGGCUGGCAGAAGGUGGAAGGCUGCUGUGAAGAACGCGGCUGCUUCUGAGCUGUCCUUGGGAACCGAACCCUACGUCGUAUUGGGAGGUCCAGCAAACACUUACUCCCACUACUUGACAACCCCAGAGGAGUACCAGAUCCAGCGAUACGAAGGAGCUUCGACUCUCUUUGGUCAGUGGGCGCUCCCCGCAUUUGUCAACCUCACCCUCCGCGGCCUGCCGUAUCUCUCGUCGUCUUCCAGCUCCCAGCCGACUUUCGGCUCUCCAGCACCCCCAGACAACCGCGAAAACUCGCUCAGCUUCAUCACUGGCGUCGCGUUUGACGCCGAGCCCAUCGGGAAGAAGUUCGGGGCCGUCCUCACUCAGCCUGCUGCGUCGUACACCCGCGGUCAGGCGGUGAGUGUUCGAUUCCAGGGUGCGAACCCGAGGAAUAACUUGAGACUUGAGGGGACGUAUGCCGCGGUCGAGAAGCAGGUCAAUGGGCAGUGGACGAGGGUGCUGAGUGAUGAGGAUUGGAAGCUGGUGUAUACUUGGAAGAGGACGAACUGGGCUUUGGGCCACAGCGAGGUGACGAUUACCUGGGAGACGAGCGCGACGGAGGACAGUGCGGGAACGUAUAGGGUGAGGUAUCAUGGUGAUUCGAAGCCGUUGAUUGGGAGUAUUAAGGCUUUUGAGGGGGUGUCGAAUAGUUUUACGCUGAGUUGA